AUGGCUCUUUCAAGCAAAAAAGCAUCUGAUAGCACAAACCAAGAAAUAGACACUGAAGAAUUAUCUCCAGAAGGAUCAAUGGAGCAUCAGCAUCAACUAAGUGCUGAUGACGACAAUAAUAAUACUGAGGCACAAGAAAAUGUCACGUGUCAACAGCCAGAUAGUGAACCAUCUGAAAUGUGCAAUAACGUCAACGCUGAAUUUAUUUUACAAGGUGCAGCAGCAAGUUCAAUUGUUUCAAGUCCAUCUCAAGAUAAUAUUGAUGAUGAUAUUCGCUAUUAUUAUUAUCAUGGUGUCGAUGAUAAACAAUUUAAUUUCGGUUUUUAA